AUGCUCGCUGAGUUGAUACAAGACACUGAACCGUGUCUAAAACACAACGUUUUGGGGGGCUACGGCGAUUUCAUGGCGACGUGUUGGGUUAAAGAGUUUAGAGAACAUCUUGAAGAGGAGAAACGAGUAUCCCACAAUAUCACCGGAUUUCGCAUAGCCCGUCCCCCAAAAGGCCGAACAGGCAGGAUUGAGUGGAGUUUCGACCUCGCCAAGGUCUCAUCAACCUCCACCACGGAAUUAGAUACCAAGUCGUAA